AUGACGGAGGUCGAAUCAACCCAACUGGAGAAGGCGUUGGGAGAAUUAAAGGAAAUCAAUGAAAACAUCGCUGCUUUGAGUGGGCGUUCUAUUGAGAAGUAAGUACCAACCGGCUUAAAUAAGUAUCUUUUUCAUUUUAGACCGGCAAGAAGACCUAUUACAAUCAGCGAUGGUGAUAGAGAACCGGAGUCAAGGUAACAUAUGUUUACAUAAUUUAAACCGAAUUUUAGAAAACGCCUGCUAGUCAAAGCCCCGGAAGGUGGAGAGAGGUAAGAGAUGGUCCUAUUUCCCUUGUCUUUCCUUUGAACUGUUUGUUUUAACAAUAAGAACGUUAAAUUUUGUUUUAGUGCCAAGCGGAAGGUGAUAGUUUACAGCGAGCCAGAGCCAAAGUAAGUUCAAUAAUGUAUCUAUUACCAUCCGUGUUAAGAGAAAAACGUAGUGGGCACGAGGAUAAUGGGCAACGACGUUUCAUUCCCAUCAGUGGUCCAGCUCCCGUUAUCCCAAGAAGAUCUCUACAAUCCAGUGUGGUACUUCCAAUUGAGACAAAGUCACGAGAAGAAACACUCAGCAAAUUGAAACAAUGCGAAAAGGCGGAAGACAGCAAAAGGUACUGUGAUUACUCACUAUUACUCAAAAAUAUUAAUUUAGGAAUCGUCGUUUGUUUGGGAAUCUUCUGAUGGGAACGUUGGACAAAUUUCAAAAGGAGGAGAAGAACGUUGCUCCGAAGGUUGAUGCACAGGUAAGCCCUUGUUUUUGUGUGUAUAGUGUUUUUUAGGUACAAAAGCAACGAGAAGUGGAGAAGCGAUUGGAACAAAGUAAGAAAGAAGAAAAGGAAAAGGUGUUUAAACAGAAGGGUGAUCUCAUUGCCAAGAAGAGGGAGAAAGAGGCCGAAAUUAAUAAACUUAAGAAGAAAUCAGCAAUCCAGAAAAAUGUAAGUCCAUUCUGAAUAAAAUUAUACGUUUCAUUUUAGUUGGAAGAGAAGGAAACUCAUUUCGGACGUCUGAAGUUAUUCAUCCAGACCCAAACAAAACCUCCGAUCUUCUAUUUGCCUGCCAAGCAUACGUUGAGAUCUUUAGAAUUGCUAAAGGAAUCAUCAAAGAACAUGGACAGUAAGUCUAUUUUCUUUAUGGUGUACCUAAAUGUUUGCCCCUUCGAAAGACGCUAAACUAUUUUUUUCAGCUCUGAUCGAGAAAUGCCAACAAGUUGCGGAACGGGAAUUGAGGGAAGUUGAGGACGAGGGUGAGGGGGAGGAUAUUAUUAAUCGUCAAGUAGCAAGUAAAGUUACUCUUGCACAAAACGGGGAUACUGGGGAGGUAAUUGAUUAAAUGUGGGUGUAACGCGAUCUCGAGGGAUUCCCGGCCCUGUUCUCUUUUUUUCAUGUGUUGUCCAUUAGGUAGACAGAUGAAUGCAAGAUAUUCGUGAGCGCAGAGAAAAGGCGCUCCAUUUUCAGGGAACUUACAAACUACUUGUUUUUGCGCUUAUCUAUGUUAAUAAUAUUAUACUCAAUAAAACUUGUUAAACAUUUUGUAUGUGUUGUAUAAUCAAAUAAACCGUUGCUGCAAAAUUUGGAACUUGAUAUAACACAAAGAAACACAAUGUAUGCAAUGUAUAUAUGAAAGAAUAAAUAUGAAUGCGAAGAUGUCGCGGAGCUCCCAUCACGUUUUCCAUACGGAGGUUACACGUUGGGGUCAAGUCCGAUUUCGAAUUCUUCUUUCGUCGCUUGUACCAGUUGGUCUCAACACGAAUUUCAAUUUCUGUAGUUUUGGACUUGGCAUUCUGUAGAGACGUGGAUUUCGACCGAGAAGCAGUCGAUCGACCGUUCCUCAGCUGAAGGGUUGGCCGAUUGCAACCUUGCGCGGUUCUUAUUACCUUUUUUGAGAGCUUUAUUAUAACUUCUUAUUGUCUUAGGUUCGGACGCGGCACCGGGGAUAAUGUACACUGAGAUCAAGGAGGCCACUUAUGUUCUGACCAGCUUCAUCACGAAGCAGGUACCUCGCCAGAAGGUGGCAUGGUUUGCUGAAGCGUUCGCCAAUAACAUGUUAUGCCGGGUUUUCAAUUAUCAUAUGGAUCCUAGCAAGAUGAUCGCCAAUGAAAGUAUGUUUACGUUGUACUCGGUCAAACCUGCUUGCAUUUCAGUGGACACGAACGGCUAUUGGGUGAUCGUAAGCCGUCAAAACAAUUUUGUCUCUCCUGUUAUGAUGCAAUCAUCAGUAGAGGUGGCUCUUGGCGGAGGUGAGCUGCUUGCGUACUUACCAUGUAAGUUUGAUCAUGAUGUAACUUAUUGUUCAGGCGAAUUGUCCAUUUCGAUUCAAGUUGGAGAAGUGAAGGCCCGGAUCAAUGGCAAAGUUACUACAAUUUGGAAGGACUUGGGUUGCAGUGGAUAUUCUCCGGUUCCGUGGCCUGUUUUGCUUCAAAGUUUGUCGGAAAGAACUGGUGUGUUCCAUUAAACAGCCUUUGAUAUUGCUUUAGUUAUGGUGUUGUCGUAUGAUCAGAAGAUUCGCAGCGAUUUUAUUCCUCUGGAGUUGGUGGAUCCGGAAAAGACUGGACACACUUUCCCUCUGAUGGGAGUAGUAAGUAUUUUUUCUAUGAGCGUUACAUUAAGUCCAGGAUCCGAAGAUGUUGCCUGAGCCCAUCAAGAUGUUCCGGGCCGCAGGUCCGGCACGUUUUGUGUUUACUGCCUCCAAUUUUGCAUGCACCAGAUUCGGAAAUAGAAGACGUCGUUCCAGGGCCGUGGUGGGUUCGAAAGAUGUUACCAGAAGCGAUCUGGCUAUCAGAAGAGCUUCUCAGGAGAUGGUCCAAUGCGAAGAGAGAUCUCAUUUCUUCUCGAACAACUGGUGGAAUAGUGAGUUAUUGUAUCAGUUGUAAUUUUGAGGAGUAACUGUCUGGGUAAAAUUAACUGAAACUAUUUGGGGACGUUUUAUGUUUCGACUACCUUAAUGUCUUCCUUUCUAAAUCUUUCAUUCUUGAUAUUCUUACCUUUUUACGUUGUUCAUGACAUCUGAAAAAAGAUUCCCAGUCUCUCAAACUACUUCUAUUAUUGUUAUGACUUAAUAUUUUGUUGGGAUAAAUGGUUUAAGAAAUGUUACUUUAGACUUCUUGAACUCCUCCUACUUCCUCGAAGCGUUGGGACACUGCCAAAGACCGAUGAACCACUUUACAACAAGACGCUGA